CCUGCGAGAUGCACGCUGCGUGCCAUCCCUGAAGACCCUCGUCCCGGCCUCGUGGGUCGUCCUGCUCCUUGCUUGUCCUUGCUUGUCCUUGUACUUGUACGUGUGCUGUGCUGCUUCGGGCACUUAAUCACCGCCAUCCUCCCGCUCGAAUCGCAACUCGAUCCGCUCUCGGACUGAAACGGCACUCCUCACGUCGACACGGGCUGGAGCAUCAUCAUCGUCUUUGAUUAGCGAUUAUUUCCUGCUCUUUCCUCUCGGCUUCCUGCGCCAGCCUUGCCUGCCACGAACCGAGCCGGCGCCUCUUGUCUUGAUCUUCGUCCACAGCUGCGACAAUGCCAACUCCCUCCUCCAACCCGCCUCCCGACCAAUCCUCUCCGCCUCCCUACAGUUUCUCGUCAUGUCCUGAGGAUCAGCCGCACUUGUCUCGAUCCUCCCGGCCGGCUCAAGACACCACGCGACCGACGUCAGACAUGGAGACCGGCCAGAGCCCAUCCACAAGCAUUGCCUCUACAGCCUUUUCAUCCGAAGCAGCUCGCGACGGCCCUGCAGCGGAAGAAACAGUAUUCAUAGAUGGCCGGGCGUCUGCGGGCGGCUCGCCCAUGGAUACCACGUCUCCCCGACCGCCGUCCAGCGGGACGACUGCCACAUCUCCCACCCUGAGUGGGCGAGACGAUACCCUCAAGCACCAGGGAACCGACACGGCUGAUCGCCUGAGUCGGGAGUCGUCCACCUUGUCUGGGCAUUCACAGGUCGAGAAUCCGAUCCCCGUCCGACGUGAGCCCGACGCAUUGGAGUGGUAUGAAGAAGAUGCAUAUGGCUCGCCCGCCAUGCCAUCUGACUGCACAAAUCUACGAAAAAUCCCCAUCUCACCGUCAUCAUUCCUCCGCCCCGGCAGCAGGUUCCGCGGCACACAGCAAUCUGAGAGACAAGUCUACGAAGUCCAGGUCGAGAUCAAGCACGUCGACCUGCGCGAGUCUUUUCUCUGUGGCUAUUUGCGUAUCCAAGGAUUGACCGAGGACCACCCAACCCUCACCACUUACUUUGAGGGAGAAAUCAUUGGCACCAAGUACAACUUCUUCACCAAGCACGAUGACUGGGGGGCCAACUCCAAGGUCGACCUGAGCCACUGGUCCAAGUUCAGCGCCUUCCGGCCCUACCAGAAGAUGGCUCGCAAGGGGCCCGUUACCAUCACUGACCUCGCGCAACGAGACCACAUCUUUAUGCGCUGGAAAGAGCAUUUCUUGGUCCCCGACCACCGGGUUCGAACCAUCACCGGGGCCUCUUUUGAGGGCUUUUACUACAUCUGCUUCAAUCAGGUCAAAGGAGAGAUAAGCGGCAUCUAUUUCCACUCCAAGAGCGAAAAAUUUCAACAGCUGGAAUUGAAGCAUGUUCCUGAUCGGGGAUGCUUCAGUGCCAUGGAGUUCCGGUGAUGAUGUCAA